AUGGGCACCCGCCGGCUCUCGCCGCCACCGCUGCUGCUACUGCUGCUGCUGCUGCUGCUUCCAGUGACCAGAACCUCUGAGGCUGAGCAUCGCCUGUUUGAGCGCCUGUUUGAAGAUUACAACGAGAUCAUCCGGCCUGUGGCCAAUGUGUCUGACCCGGUCAUCAUCCAGUUUGAAGUGUCCAUGUCUCAGCUGGUGAAGGUGGAUGAAGUAAACCAGAUCAUGGAGACCAACCUGUGGCUCAAGCAAAUCUGGAAUGACUACAAGCUGAAGUGGAACCCCUCAGACUAUGAUGGGGUGGAAUUCAUGCGUGUCCCUGCACAGAAGAUCUGGAAGCCAGACAUUGUACUGUAUAACAAUGCUGUUGGGGAUUUCCAGGUAGAUGACAAGACCAAAGCCUUACUCAAGCACACAGGUGAAGUGACUUGGAUACCUCCAGCCAUCUUCAAGAGCUCCUGCAAAAUCGAUGUGACUUACUUCCCAUUUGAUUACCAAAAUUGCACUAUGAAGUUCGGUUCCUGGUCCUACGACAAGGCGAAAAUCGACCUGGUCCUGAUUGGCUCCUCCAUGAACCUCAAGGACUACUGGGAGAGUGGCGAGUGGGCCAUCAUCAAAGCCCCAGGUUACAAACACGACAUCAAGUACAACUGCUGCGAGGAGAUCUACCCAGACAUCACCUACUCUCUGUACAUCCGGCGCCUGCCCUUGUUCUACACCAUCAACCUCAUCAUCCCCUGCCUCCUCAUCUCCUUCCUCACCGUGCUCGUCUUCUACCUGCCCUCAGACUGCGGUGAGAAGGUCACGCUCUGCAUCUCUGUUCUCCUCUCCCUGACUGUGUUUCUACUGGUGAUCACUGAGACCAUCCCGUCCACCUCUCUGGUCAUCCCCCUAAUCGGGGAGUACCUCCUGUUCACCAUGAUUUUCGUCACCCUGUCCAUUGUCAUCACAGUCUUUGUGCUCAACGUGCACUACAGAACCCCGACCACGCACACGAUGCCCACGUGGGUGAAGACGGUGUUCUUGAACUUGCUCCCUAGGGUCAUGUUCAUGACCAGACCUGCCAGCAGCGAAGAAAACGCUCAGAAGCCAAGGCCCUUCUACAGUGCCGAGCUCUCAAAUCUGAAUUGUUUCAGCCGCACAGAAUCCAAGGGCUGCAAGGAAGGCUACCCCUGCCAGGACGGGAUGUGUGGUUACUGCCAUCACCGCAGGAUCAAAAUCUCAAAUUUCAGCGCCAACCUCACAAGAAGCUCCAGUUCUGAAUCUGUCGAUGCUGUGUUGUCCCUUUCUGCUCUGUCACCAGAGAUCAAAGAAGCGAUUCAAAGUGUCAAGUAUAUUGCAGAAAAUAUGAAAGCACAGAAUGAAGCCAAGGAGAUUCAAGAUGACUGGAAAUAUGUCGCCAUGGUGAUUGACCGCAUUUUUCUAUGGGUUUUCAUCCUGGUGUGCAUUUUAGGGACAGCAGGAUUGUUUCUGCAACCCCUGAUGGCCAGGGAUGAUGCGUAAGCACUGACCUGUGUUUGCCUGAGGCUUACCUGUGCGUGUGCUGAGGGAGGGAGGGGUCUGUUUCUUAAUAGUAACACAUUUUCUGUUACCAUGCUACCAGUUCUG